AUGGAUAAUAUGGAGACAUUCUUUGAACGCAUGAAGAUAGAAAUGACUAAACAGACUGAAGACAUAAUUUCGAGAAUGGAUGAAAAGUUAGCCCCACUAUCACGCGAAGUCGAAGAUUUAAAGUUAGAAAACCGAGAACUGAAGAAAAAAAUUACUAUGUUAGAAAAAAACCGAAGACAUAACAAUUUAAUUUUAUAUGGACUAGAAGAAUCUGAAGAAUCUACUAUGGAACUUUUGCAAGCGACAACAAAAAAAAUUAGCACUGAUUUAAAGAUUUCUUUGGAUAUUAAAGACAUUAAUGAAAUACGUCGAAUUGGUAAAAAAUUUAACGGCAACGAUAGGGCCAGACCAGUACUUAUAUCAUUUCUCAAUUGUUGGAAAAAAGGAGAAAUAUUAAAAAAUAAGAAGAAAUUUAAAAACGCCUAUGUCUCUGAAGACUAUCCUAAGGAAGUUCAAAUUAAAAGAAAAGAAUUAAGAGAGAAAAUGCUAGAAGAAAGAAAGAAGGGGAAUUUUGCGGUGCUAGACUACGACAAAUUAGUUAUAAAAGAAAAACCACUAAAUAACGAGAAACGUAAACGAGACUUAUCAAUAACACCUGAAACUUCGCAGCAACCACGGAAACAACAUGCACCCUCUAAAAACUGCAGAGCAAACGCCUUUGAUUUGAUGAGAGGUAGAAGCAGCUCUCUCUCCUCCAUAAACAAAUCUAACGAUCAGAGACAAUGA